AUGGUGCGGUCACGGCGCUUAUUGUUGAGCGGAUUGAGUUAGGAAAGGGAUCGUCUAGUGAAAGCACGAUGUUGAUUUAUUGUAUCGUCGGGACUCGACUCUGUAAAGACUGAGCAAGCGACCAUUUAAUGUGUGAUUAAGUUUGUUUUGGUGGUUUGUCGAGGGUUUGUUGUGUUUGUGGGGAAGGAAAGAGAGUGGUAAACCGAUGAACGGAGAGUGUGGGAAGAGUGGAAGGGAAGCCUGGCUGUUGUUUACACUGAGGUAGUUGUCUGGAGCUGGAGUCAUCAUCAUGAACGGCCUCAGUAUUCGGGAUAUAUGCUGUCUGUUCUGCUGGCCACCCUGCCCGUCCAGCAUAGCCGCCAAGAUGGCCUUCAUUCCUCCAGAACCCACCUACAGUUUCACGCCCGACGAGACGGGUUCAAGACACAGCCUUCACCUUACUGAGAAGGCCGAGUGGCAGUUUACAGACAAGGAAAAGGAAGCAAUUGAGGUUUUCUACACCCGUACCAAUAGGGGCAACAAGAUUGCUUGCAUGUUUGUGAGGUGUUCACCCAAUGCAAGGUUUUGCAUUUUAUUUUCACACGGCAAUGCUGCUGACCUUGGACACAUGAGCAGUUUCUAUUUAAGUCUAGGAACAAGAAUAAACUGUAAUAUCUUUAGCUAUGACUAUUCCGGCUAUGGUGUGAGUGCCGGAAAGCCUUCCGAGAAGAACCUGUAUUCCGAUAUUGAUGCCGCUUGGCACGCACUCAGAACGCGUUAUGGCAUCUCCCCCGAAAAUAUUAUCCUAUAUGGGCAGAGUAUUGGCACCGCAGCGACGAUAGACUUAGCAUCAAGAUACGAGGUUGGCGCCGUGAUUCUCCAUUCACCUCUCAUGUCUGGAAUUAGAGUCUUGUUUAACACCAAAAGAACGUGGUUCUUUGAUGCCUUCCCAAGCAUUGAAAAGGUGCCUAAAAUAACAUCACCGGUACUUGUUAUCCAUGGAACGGAAGACAACGUAGUAGAUUUUUCACACGGCCUGGCCAUCCAUGAACGUUGUCCCCGAGCUGUGGAGCCACUAUGGGUAGAGGGUGCUGGACACAAUGAUGUAGAGUUGUACAGCCAAUACCUUGAGCGACUGAAGCAGUUUGUGUCGGUGGAGCUGGUUAAUUGACGUCUUGGGGAGGCCCCCCCUCCAACAAGCCAAGGGGGGCUCAAUCAUCAUCCACGUAGCACUGCUGCUUAUAGCGGAUCGACAUCACGUGGGGCCAGUGAGGGUCUGCUGUUAAGAUGCUGGGACACUGAAAUGGGCAUGAUUGCUACCGAGGGCAUGUUUGCAACUGAGGGUGUCAUGGCAUCUGAGGGAAGAUUGACAGCAGCUCUUGCUACGCCAACUCUUUCUACAGUAGAGACCUCCUCUGGCCGUGCCACACCUACAAACAUCACCACUAUUGCCUCCAAGAGUCCAGCCAAACCAUCUCCUAAACUACCAAGAGCCUCUGCUACACCCUCCCCAUCUCCCUCGGCCUCAUCAACUAAUCAACCACCUAACCAACAAGACUUGCCAUCCCUCCCUCAAGAUGCCUCCUCUAUUACCCUCUCUACUACUCUGCUACAACAACACCGUCGUCAUCAUUCACGAUCUAGCUCAGCAACAGAAAAGUUACUGUGACCUCUGGAGUCUUUAGUCUAAUCUAUAUUGUGUAUAGUGAGCAGAUUCAGGAAAUAUGCUAGUGAAGGUUGACAUCCUUUGUAACUGUCUAUGAUAUAUGCCUCUUGUCAUAGUUUAAUGUUACGAAUUUCAGUUACUAGUGAAGACGAAAUAAACGUGACUCCCAAAUGCACGGAGAGAUGCCUUUCUUGAAAAUGUUUGAAAGUGAUUGGAUUAGAGUAAGAGAGUUAGGGGCCAUGACUGUGUAGCAGAAACAUUAGCUGGCCUCCCUCAUGGAAAUGACUUGUAACUAAGGACCGUGUUUGCAUGUUGCAUCUCAGGUCUUGGGUCGGUGAGGUUUCGUAAAUUAUGACCUGGAUAUUUAAGGUCACUUUAUUUAUUUUUUUAUGUAACUCGUACACCUUUGUUUAGAGAGCCAUCACAAAUUUUAUAUUGUGAACGUGUAUGAACAAGUGCAGAAGACUGUUACUCUAGAUGAUGAACUAGUUAAACAAUAUGAAGUUACAGUGUUAAAGGAGUAUUAUCCUUGAAUGUCAGGGCUUAUAUUGUGUGAGAAGAAAUUGUGGUAAAUAAUCCUUGGCAGCUGCAGGUAUAAGUGUCUGUGGCAUGCUGACCAAUUGCGUUUUGAGUUGGUGUUUUGUAUGUCCGUGUUUGAUACAUUCAGGUCAUUAGAGCUAGUACCGUACAUUGCAAAUAAUAAGACUGAUUUUUUUUUUAAAGAACCCCUGUAGUAUUGUUUUCCCUUAAACAGGUGGUCUACUGAUGUAAUCAUUACAGUAAUCACCCUUAUGAAUAUGAACGUAUGCAAGAUUUGCUGAAUUAAUAUUACAUGUCAUUACUAGUGAAACUCCUGUACUGAUUUAAAGCUUUUUGUUGAGUUAGGAAUUAAUUUGAUUGAUUACUUUUUAUAUGGCAGGCAAAUUGAGGAUUGCAUAAUGAUUUUUUUUUUUUUUGUUGGGAGUGUGUUCAUAGAUCAGGAUUUGUAAACCAAAAGUGUUCGUUAAUAAUGCUGUGGGGUACUGAGACACUGGUUAAGUACAUUUUUACUUUUCAAAAAUCAAUAAGUUUGAAUAACUGGCAUUCAGUUCAAUCAGAAAAAUGGUAAUUUGUUUGAAUACAAACUACAUUUUGAAAUUGGCAUUUGCCCAACACAGUAUUUUUCCCAUUACACCUCUGAAGUAUAGGAGUUGUUGAAAUUGAUUAUUGUUUACAAGAAAUUUUUUGGGUUACUGCUAUUCAUUGUCUUAACUUUGUUUUCUUAAGAGUUGUGGUAUUAGUAAGUGUGUAGAGAGCUGCUGUUUCUUGAAAACAUUCUCUGCAUAAGAGAUGUUUGGUCCAGCAUACAUAUGAUUGCCAGCUGUUCUGAAGAUGUGUGGCUUGGAAAUAUCUUUAGAUUAUGGAGUUCAUUAUAUACAACUUUGUCUUUAUAUACAUUUAUAGAAAUAUGUGAAAUUUUGCUAUGAAAUAUCCUGACAGUAAGAUAGGUGCGUGGUGCCAUUAGUUGACGUGUGUAACUGAAUGAGACAUGUUUAUAUGGGAUGAAUGAGCAUGUAGAAAUCUCCAUUAAUUGUUAUUAAUAACCAAGUUCACCUAAAUCUGCAUCAUUUUGACAUUUAAGUAACAUACUUUUGAAGUGUUGAUAAAGUACAAAAAGUGACCUCCAUAAGAUGGAAGAGAGACUACCAAGGACAAGUUUGCACUUCAACAGUGAUGGUUUGUCUUCCCAGUACCCGAAACUUGUAAAUCUAAAUAGGAAAAGUGGUUGGGUGGACUGGCUGAAGUAACAGUAAGGGUCCUUGCACUUCAUUUAUACAGCAGUACCUUACUCAUUCAGCUUCCAGUAAACCCGAACCCUUUGCCAGCAGGUUAGUUAAUAACAAUGAUCGUAAUUGGAUGUCUCUGAUCUGAUGAAGUGUAUCAUCAUUAAUGCUAUUGGCAUAAGUGAAACUCCUCCUGGAAGCUGCUGCAGAAAAAGUACAGAAUAUGGGCAUUUGUGUCUUACAGCAAUUGAGAGAUUAUUUUUCAAGUGGUAUUUGAAGGAUUGCGAGAGGCCUAAAUUGCAUUCAUUGCGUUUAAAAGUCUAGAACUCUAGAUGCACCGCUUAAUUUUAAGGUCAAAUUGUCUGAGUUGAUUUGAGUUUCAUAGUGAUGAGUAGUGCAAUUUAUUUGAUAAAACCUUAAUUUUUGAGAUAAGCUUUAAUCUUGAGAAAUCUCACGGGACUGCCAGCUUAUUGUUACGUUUCCUCUCAUUUUUGACCCCAUUGGUUCUUGUUGCCUUUACAGCAUUUGGAUACUCGUAGUGGCAGUUAUACCUUACAUUCACUUUGUUAUUGUAUUUAUAUUUAUUUCUCAUGGCAAUUGCUAUGAUUGUUUACACAUUUCCCUUGGAUAUCUUUUUCCUUAUGAAUAUUUCACAAGUGUUUUAUUAUUAUUCUGGCAUUCUGUAGCCAUCAUCCUUCAUAUUAUGUACUGUCAUUAUUAUUAUUAUUAUUUUUUUUUUAUACUCGAAAUGAAGUAUUAGGCGUGUUGUUUAUGGUAUUGGUCAGAGCAUACACAAAGUAUGUAAAUAUUUUUAGAUUUAUAUGUCGUACAUACAUUUUCAUAAAUUUGUGAAACUUUCAA